GUUUCCCCUUAAAAAGCUGCCCCUCCUCCUCCUCCUUAUCCUCCUCCUCCCUCGCCCUCACUUCUCCAAUAACCCUCAAUUCCCCUUCUAAUCUUCCCUCCACACUUCUCUUCAUCAUGCCUGCUGGUUCAGUCCUCGUCACCGGUGGUACCGGUUACAUUGGCUCCUUCACCACCCUGGCCCUCCUCGAGGCUGGCUACAAGGUCGUUGUCGCUGAUAACCUGUACAACUCCUCCGCCGAGGCCCUCAACCGUGUUGAGGCUAUCUGCGGCAAGAAGGCCGAGUUCGUCCAGGUCGAUGUCACCGAUGAGAAUGGCUUCGACAAGGUCUUCGAGGCUCACCCCGACAUUGACAGCGUUAUUCACUUUGCUGCCCUGAAGGCCGUUGGCGAGUCCGGCGAAAAGCCUCUCGACUACUACAUGGUCAACGUCUACGGCACCAUCAACCUCCUCCGCUCGAUGGUCAAGUACAACGUCUCCAACAUUGUCUUCUCCAGCUCCGCCACCGUCUACGGAGAUGCCACUCGCUUCCCCAACAUGAUCCCCAUCCCCGAGGAAUGCCCCCUGGGCCCCACCAACCCUUACGGUAACACCAAGUUCGCCGUCGAGACCGCAAUCACCGACGUGAUCAACGCCCAGCGCAACAACGCCAUCAAGGCCGGCAACGAGGCCGAGGCCAAGAAGUGGAACGGCGCUCUCCUGCGCUACUUCAACCCCGCCGGUGCCCACCCCUCCGGUAUCAUGGGUGAGGACCCCCAGGGCGUCCCCUACAACCUGCUCCCCCUGCUCGCCCAGGUUGCCACCGGCAAGCGCGAGAAGCUCCUCGUCUUCGGCGACGACUACGCCUCCCACGACGGCACCGCCAUUCGCGACUACAUUCACAUCCUUGACUUGGCUGACGGCCACCUCAAGGCUCUCAACUACCUGCGCGAGCACAACCCUGGUGUCCGCGCCUGGAACUUGGGUACCGGUAAGGGCUCCACCGUCUACGAGAUGAUCAAGGCCUUCUCUGCUGCUGUCGGCCGUGACCUCCCCUACGAGGUUGCCCCUCGCCGUGCCGGUGACGUCCUCAACCUUACUGCCAACGCUACCCGUGCUACCAACGAGCUCGGCUGGACCCCCAAGUACACUCUGGAGAAUGCUUGCGAGGAUCUCUGGCGCUGGACUAAGAACAACCCUCAGGGUUACCGCCAGCAGCCUCCUGCGGAGCUGCUUGCUGCCCUGAAGAAGUAAAGGGUUGUUGGAUGGCAGUGAAGUUUGCUCUGUUUUGCUGAUGAUGGGAUUAAUUUUCUUUUAAAAGUAUCUUGAUGAGAUAUUUGUGCGUGGACAUAGAUAGUAUUUUGGGUAGAAUACAUGAAACGAAUUUCCUUUUUCUAAAUAUUGCAAAUGCAACGAGGAAUGACAAGG